AUGGACAAACGGCGGAUCAGCCCCGCCGGUCGCGAGUCUGCUUCGCUUAAAAUACCGGAGGUUCGGAUACCUACAUUUGAUGGCGCCCUCGAGGAUUGGCAGUCAUUUUACGAUUCCUUCUCGUCAACGAUAGAUCAAAAUGAACAUUUAACACCGGUUCAGAAAUUUUAUCAUCUCCGAUCAGCCCUGACUGGAUGGGCCGCGCGAAGCAUACAAUCAUUAGCCAUCACCGAGUCAAAUUACGCAAUCGCCAUGGACGUUCUUAAGGAAAAAUUCGACUGCCACCGUCAAAUUUGCAUGCGUCACUGGGACUUGAUUUUCGACUAUCCGAAAAUCACUAAAGAGACACCCGAAGCUAUAGACGAUCUUAUCGAGACGGUCAAGGUAAAUCUCCAAGCGUUAGAAAAACUCGGGGAUCCAGUCACGUCAAACGCCGUUCUCUUAAAGCUUUUCACGUCGAAGCUACCCUCAGCCAUCAUUCGCAAAUGGCAACGUAGAUUACCGGACAAGAAAAUGCGCACUUGGUCAUAUACGCACUUGGCGGACCUCGCCCGUUUUUGGGAAAUUGACGAAGGACCGCCCACCGCACACAUUUCGGAAGCGGAACGACAGUGCGAGGAGCACUUUCGAAAUCACGUUCAACGCACCGACGAAGGGCGAUACGUUGUCGGAUCCUCGAAAGCCAUGGCAAUGAAGCGACUCACAUCCCUCUGUCGUCGAUUCCAACGAGACAAACGAUUCGAAGCCGACUAUCACGUCGUAAUACAAGAAUACUUGGAAUUAGGACUCAUGACGAAGAUUACCACGGACCACUGCACGGACGACGGAUAUUUUCUGCCACAUUACGGCGUGAUCAAAGAAUCCAGCCAAACUACAAAACUCCGAGUUGUGUUUGACGGAUCUGCACCAACCACCACCGGAAGGAUCCAGAAAUUCCAACAAAUUUUAUGGCCCAACUCUGAUGGAGAAGUUGACACCUAUCAACUUAACACAGUGACAUUCGGGCUGUCAGCGGCCCCUUAUCUAGCCAUUCGGUGCCUCAAACAACUGGCGGACGACGAGAGACAUCGAUACCCACGAGCGGCGAUGUUCUUACAGCGAGGCUUCUACGUCGACGAUGUUCUCACAAGAGUUGAUACAAAGGACGAGGCACGAUCACUGAGAACGGAGCUCACAGAAUUGCUUAAACUAGCCGACUUAAACAUUCGAAAAUGGGCAUCGAACGAUCGGGAACUGCUACGAGGACUUUCCGAGCAGGACAUAAACGAUAAGCUGCUACUAGGCGAAUCACUGCAAGCGGAAAUUGAAUUACACGGAUUCUGUGACGCCAGCGAAAGGGCGUAUGGGGCAUGCAUUUACCUUCGCACCAUUACUCCGGAUGGUCAUGUCUGGACACGACUCCUCACUGCAAAGUCAAAGGUGGCUCCACUCAAAUCACAAACCAUUCCAAGGCUAGAACUGAGUGGAGCACUUCUUCUCACAUCAUUGGCCACUACAGUCCUUCAAGCCUUACCAAGCAACAUUUCUCGGACCGUUUACUGGACUGAUUCUACAAUCGUUCUACAUUGGAUUAAUACAUCACCCCAUACGCUGAAAACCUUUGUCGCUAAUCGUGUGACAGAAAUUCAACAGAAGACUCACACCUCAGAUUGGCGUCACAUUCCCACUUCCGAUAACCCUGCAGAUCUCAUAUCUCGAGACCAAUCGCUCGAAGACUUCCUGCGACCAACCAUUUGGCAACAUGGACCGGAAUGGCUCCAACAACCCAAAAAAUACUGGCCAACGUGGAACCCAGUACCAUUAACUGAAAUACCAGAGCAGAAGAAUGCAACAUGUCUGUCCGUGACUCCGGCUGACCACAGUCUACUGGAGAGAUUUUCUUCUUGGCUCAAGCUGAUAAGAAUUACCGCUCGUUGUCUCCGAUGGAGACAAAAUCAGAAUCGAGGGAGACCUCUAACCACACAUGAUUUAACCAAUGCGCAUAACAAAUUGGUCAAAUUAUUACAGCUCUGCUAUUUUUCAGAUGAAAUCCGUACUCUCCGAACAGAUCGAAAUUCUGCAGUGAAGGGGAAGCUGCAACGACUCAAUCCAUUUCUGGACAAGGACGAGAUGUUGCGAGUCGGAAACCGAAUCAGUCACUCACCAAUGCCUUUCACUCAGAAACACCCAAUCAUUCUACCCAAAUCCUCAGUUACAGCACUCAUAAUCGAGCAUGAACACCUCCUAAAUCUCCACUCCGGAACUCAAGCUACCUUAUAUGCCUCAAGGAGAUCUUAUUGGCCUAUCGAAGGCCAUAGUCAAGCACGCUGA